UGAAAAGAAAAUAAACUUUCACACAAAAGAGAAGCUUUUUUGGCAUAUCCUCACAGAGAGAGAGAGGAAGCUGACCGGAGAAGACGAAGCAAGUUCGAAACUUUCGUCAGAAUCGAUUUAAGGUGGUGGGUGUGUGAGUAAUGGACGGGAAGCUUCCUCAAGGAGUUGCGGUUCGUGGUGGAGCUUCUUCCUACGGAGGAUUCGAUCUUCAAGGCCCCAUGAGCCAGCAUCUCCAAGGUCUUCCCUUUGCUAUGGUUUCAGGACAAACCUGUGGUCAUCACUUGUCUGAGCAACAUAAAGGCGAAAGAGAGAGUGAUGAUGAUGAACAACCAAGUUUCAACGAGGAAGCAACUAAAGGGUCUCCAUGGCAGAGAGUGAAGUGGACUGAUAAGAUGGUGAAGCUAUUGAUAACUGCUGUGUCUUAUAUAGGUGAUGACUCGUCUAUGGAUGGUGGGAGUAGAAGAAAGUUUGCGGCUUUACAGAAAAAGGGCAAGUGGAAGUCUGUUUCCAAAGUCAUGUCCGAGAGAGGCUAUCAUGUCUCGCCUCAGCAGUGUGAGGAUAAGUUUAAUGAUUUGAAUAAACGGUAUAAGAAGCUUAACGAUAUGCUUGGUAGAGGAACGUCUUGUCAGGUUGUUGAGAAUCCUAAGCUUUUGGAUUCUAUUGGGUAUUUGAAUGAUAAAGAGAAGGAUGAUGUGAGAAAAAUCAUGAGUUCUAAGCAGUUGUUCUAUGAGGAGAUGUGUUCUUACCACAAUGGGAACAGGUUGCAUUUGCCUCAUGACUUUGCUUUGCAGCGCUCGCUUCAGGUUGCGCUUAGAAGCAGAGAUGAUCAGCAUCGAGUUGAGGAUCUUGAUGAUGAGGAUCAUGAUGGGGAAGGUGAUGAGCAUGAUGAUGAUGUUGACCAUGGGGAUUGUAGGGUUGUUGGUGGUCCUUUGAAGAGGGCGAGACAGAGCCAUAGCCAUAGCCAUGAAGGUGUUGAUCAUCAGGGCCAUGUGAAUUCUCUGGAAUGCAAUAAGGUCACUUUGGCUCUUCCUCAAGGUGGGGCUGAGAGUGGGAGAUCAGCUUCUGUUCAGAAGCAGUUGAUUGAGUCUAGGACUCUCCAGCUAGAAGAGCAGAAGCUUCAGAUUCAAGUUGAAUUGCUGGAAUUGGAGAAACAGAGAUUCAGGUGGGAGAGGUUUAGCAAGAAAAGGGAUCAAGAGCUAGAGAGAAUGAGGAUGGAGAAUGAGAGGAUGAAACUUGAGAAUGAUAGGAUGGGACUGGAGUUGAAACAAAGGGAGCUGGGUGUUGAGUUAUAACGGAGUUAGCUUUUUGUUUUUUUCCUUUCUUGAUUGGUAUAUAUAGCUUCGCUAAAUGAAGACUAGUUUUGUGUUAUUGUAGUGAGGAAGGAUUGUUUAGUAUAAGCACCACUCGGUCACUUUCUCCAUCAUUCUGAUGUAUUAUUAUCUCUGUCUGACAUCUUAAUCAAAUUUUAGAAUGUAACAAAUGUUUCAUUUUCUAUUAAAGAAAGCAUCAAAAGA